AUGAAGGAUGAAAUCGCUGCCACGGUUUUCUUCAUCACCAAGCUGGUGAGGAGGGAGGAGAGGCUGAGCAAGGCCGAGGUGGAGAAGUUUGCAGCCAGGCUGACCACGCUCCUGUUGGCAAAGUACAAAAACCACUGGUACCCAGAGAACCCCUCCCGGGGCCAGGCCUUCAGAGCAGCAGCACCCACCCGCAGCCCUGGCAGGUACGGGGAGAGGAGCCGGCCCUUCACCGUGGCACGCUUCGAUGGGCAGGAGAACCCCGAGCUGCCCCAGCAGAUCAGCCUGGCCGUGGGCAGGGCAGCCCUGGACUAUCACUCCAGCACCUCCUCGGAUGAGGAGAGCUUCAGCAAGGAGCCCAGAGCCAUCCCCACCGUCAGCAACCCCAACAGCAUCUACCAGUUUGACUUCUGCAAGGCUCCCCCCCAGCCCUGGUGGCAAUACCUGCACAGGAAGCCCCACCUGGGCGAGGGCUCCCACUUUGGGCAGCCCAGGGGCUACAGGAGCUACCGGCCCACGGCCGCUUUCGCUGGCCCCCGCGUGGACAGGUACCACUGGAUCAACACCAAGAGGUAG